AUGGUAGUGCUACCCCAAAAUGGGGCUCCGUGUAAUCCGGCGGCAGAUUCGCUCCUGCAAGCUGCGCCAUGUCGGGGAUGCGGGGCGCCGACGGGUGAUGCCGGCCCGCCCCACUGA